AGCUCGUAGAGAAGACGGCCGACAGCCUUUUUAGCGCAGCUAGCUACCGCGCGCCGCUGCAAAAUACGCAGCAGGCAGCGCGAUAACUGGCAGCAAAAUCUCAGCAGCCGCGGUUGCACAGCGAUCUCGCGCUAGCCCGUCGCUGUAAGGCUGUAACAUCCCAGCAGCUGCACGCGCAUCCCGCGCGACCGCAGCACCACCCAUGGCGCAGUCCGCCGGCGCCGCGGGCCAUGUGCUGAGGGCGCUCCUCCUGGCCCUCGCGUGCCACAACGCGUACGAGAUCCGCAUGCACGCCGUCCGGACGUACGGCCCCGUCAUCCACGAGUUCGACCCGUGGUUCAAUUAUCGGGCGACGGAGUACCUCGCGGCGAACGGCUGGGGCAAGUUCUUCACGUGGUUCGACCACAUGAGCUGGUAUCCUCUCGGACGACCGGUAGGGACGACGAUCUACCCGGGCAUGCAGAUCACGUCCGUGCUCAUCUGGAGGAUGCUCGGGUUGGUCGGGAGCGACAUGUCGCUGAACGACGUGUGUGUGUACGUGCCGGUCUGGUUCGGGGUUCUAGCGACGCUGUUACUGGGCUUGCUCACGUUCGAGUGCUCCAAGUCGGCGAACGCCGCCGUGGCCUCGACAUUGAUCAUGGCCGUCGUCCCGGCCCAUUUGAUGCGAAGUGUGGGCGGCGGCUACGACAACGAGUCCGUGGCGGUGACGGCCAUGUGCCUCGUCUUUUUGUUGUGGUGUCGAUCCUUGAGAAACGACGACUCCUGGCCGCUGGGAGCGGCCGCGGGUUUGGCCUACGUGAACAUGGCGGCGGCCUGGGGCGGGUUCGUCUUCGUCGGCAACCUGGUCGCGUUACACGCGUUCGUACUAGUAUUAUUGGGACGGUACGGCGACAAGCUCCACCGGGCCUUCUCCCUCUUCUUCGUCGUGGGCACGCUGGGCGCGACGCGCGUGCCCGUCGUCGGCAUGGGGCCCCUAAGAAGCUUGGAGCAGAUCGCGCCGUUAUUGACGUUCGGCGGUUUGCAGGUUUUGAUGCUCGGGGAGAAGGCAGUAGAAAAAGCGAGACCCCUGUCCAAGGCCGAGGCCUGGAAUAGGAGAUUGAAGGUCUACGCGACGGCGGCGGGCGCCGGGCUGCUGGUUUUAGUGCUACUCUUUAGCGUCGGCUACUUUGGCCCUAUAUCAUCGAGGGUCCGAGGUUUGUUUGUGAAGCACACUAGAACGGGCAAUCCUCUCGUUGAUUCAGUAGCGGAGCACCAGCCCGCGUCGGCGAACGCCUACUGGCACUAUUUACAUACGACGUGCUACGCCGCCCCGGUCGGGCUCUUCGUCCUCUUUAGCGGAGGGUUUAGAUUGGAAGCGCGGUGCUUCAUCGCGGUCUAUGCGCUCGUGGCCUACUUCUUCUCCUCGAAGAUGGUGCGCCUGAUCAUCUUCCUGGGCCCCGUGGCCUCGGCUCUCGCCGGCGUCGCGCUCGGCGCCGCCGUCGACGCGACCGCUCCCUCAUUACUCGAAGCGCUGCUGGGGCCCGCCGACGAGGAUCAAGAGAAGGAGAAGACGAAGAAGAAGCCCACCAGGGUGGAGAAGGACAAGUCGCCGCCUAGAAAAAUCUCGGGACGGAGCGCCGCGGCCGCGGCCGCCGCGCGAAGAGGUAGAGAGCGCAAGGCGACGUCCAUCAACGCGGGCUCCAUCGUCGCUUCGAUGAUCGAGGGCGGCGAGGAGCUCGUCCAGGGCCUCUACGAGGCCGCGGCCCAGGCUCUGAGCCCGCUCGCGACCGCGCUGCAGGCGCCGGGGCUCAAGGUCGUACGGACGGUGUUAGCUGCUGCUUUAAUAGCGGCGUCGAUCCACUACUACAAGCAGUUCAGCGACUACGCCUGGUCCCUGUCCGAGGGCAUGAGCCAGCCCUCCAUCAUGUUCCGCGCCCAUUUACGGAACGGCCAGCCGGUCAUCGUCGAUGAUUACAGGGAGGCCUACUGGUGGCUGCGGGACAACACGCCCGAGGACGCUAGGGUAUUGGCCUGGUGGGAUUAUGGGUAUCAGAUCGCCGGUUUAGCUAACAGGACGACCUUAGCGGACGGCAACACGUGGAACCACGAGCACAUCGCGACGAUCGGGCGGUGUCUGACCUCUCCCGAAAAACAGGCCCACAAGAUCGUGCGGCACCUCGCGGACUACGUCUUGGUCUGGACCGGUGGUGGUGGGGAUGACCUAGCUAAGUCACCACAUAUGGCUCGGAUUGGCAAUUCUGUGUACAGAGACAUCUGCCCCGACGACCCUACCUGUAGAUCCUUCGGCUUUACCGAUAGGCAGGGCACGCCCACGCCCAUGAUGGCCGAAUCUUUACUAUACAAGCUCCACUCGCACCAGCAGCGCCCCGGCGUCGCCGCCGACCCGACCCUGUUCCGCGAGGCCUACACGUCGCGCUUCAACAAGGUGCGCAUCUUCAAGGUCCUCAAGGUGUCCAAGACCUCGAAGCAGUGGACGCGCGACCCGGCGAACCGCAUCUGCGACGCGCCGGGGUCCUGGUACUGCGUCGGCCAGUACCCGCCGGCCCUGCGCGAGCUGAUCUCGAGGCGCAUCGACUUCGCGCAGCUCGAGGACUUCAACAAGCAGCGCGGGGGCGACGCCGACGCGUACGUCGCGCAGUACAUGGCGCGCAUGGAGGGCCGGGCCGCGUCGUCGGCGGGCCGCUACGAGGCCCCGAAGUACUUCGAGGUCGCCGACGUCGACGAGGACGACUACGAGGAGGACGACGACGUGCCGGCCGUCGACGAGGAGGCCUACGCCGCGUCGCAGAAGGAGAACGAGGAGCGCGCGCGGGCGUCCGUCGAGGCCCAGAAGGAGGAGUGGGCGCGCUGGUCGAACUCAGAAGAUACGACGCUCAUGUGGCAGAUCGUGAGCUCGGGCGAGGUCUCUGAGUUGGAGGCAUGGUUGAAACGUGCGCCCGGGCUGAUCCACCUGCGGGCCGAGGACGGCCGCGGGCCGCUCUGGUGGGCCUACGAGUACGACCGGCCCGACAUGGUCGCGCUCCUCGUCCGCGAGGGCGCGGACCCCGACGCGACGGACUCCCUCGGCAUGGCGCCGCGCGAGAUGGCGCCCUAGGCCUUGUUAUGAGCGCAUCCCCCGCACAUCCCCCGCGCGUCUAACGAGCCCGAGUCUAGG